AUGGCACUGGGGGAAGGGAUGGUGAAUGAGAUGUUGAACCUUUCAUGGGAGUUCAUUAAUGGCAGCAUCUUGUGGAAUGGAAGCAAAACCAACGAGUCCCUUUUGAACCGGACUGAGACCGGACCACCGCCAUUCCUGACGGAUGCAUGGCUGGUGCCUCUGUUCUUUGCCCUCAUCAUGUUAGUCGGAUUGAUCGGAAAUUCUCUUGUCAUUUAUGUCAUUUCCAAGCACAGGCAAAUGAGAACGGCCACCAACUUCUAUAUAGCGAACCUGGCCUCCACUGACAUCAUGUUCCUGGUGUGCUGCGUGCCCUUCACUGCCACGCUUUACCCUCUGCCCAGCUGGGUGUUUGGAGACUUCAUGUGCAAGUUUGUGGCAUACCUCCAGCAGGUCACCGUCCAGGCCACGUGCAUCACCCUGACAGCGAUGAGUGCGGACCGCUGCUACGCCACAUUGUAUCCACUGAGGUCACUGAGGCACCGAACCCCCAGAGUGGCCAUGGUUGUCAGCAUCUGUAUCUGGAUAGGGUCCCUGCUGCUGUCUACUCCCAUCAUCCCUUACCAGAAGAUACAGAACGGUUACUGGUACGGCCCCAGGACCUACUGCAUAGAGCAGUUUCCAUCAGACACUCUGAAGAAAGCUUGUAUCCUCUACCAGUUCCUUGCUGUCUACCUUCUGCCAUUGCUGACCAUCUGCCUGUGCUACUCACUGAUGCUGAAGAGGGUCGGACAACCAGUGGUGGAGCCCAUGGACAACAACUACCAGGUGCAGCUGCUCUCUGAGAGAACCAUUGCCAUGAGGAGCAAAAUAUCCAGAAUGGUGAUAGUAAUUGUACUUCUCUUCACUAUCUGCUGGGGCCCCAUCCAGCUCUUUAGCCUCUUCCAAGGAUUCUACCCAGGCUUUCAAGCCAACUACGCCACCUACAAAAUCAAAACGUGGGCCAAUUGUAUGUCCUAUGCCAACUCGUCCAUCAACCCCAUCGUCUACGGGUUCAUGGGCGCCAGCUUCAGGAAGUCUUUCAAGAAAGCUUUCCCCUUCAUGUUUCGGAAUAAGGUGAGGGAUGGGAGCAUCACCUCCGGGACUGCCCACAACGAAAUGAAAUUUGUGGCUAUGGAGUCGACCAACCAGGAGUUGAAGUGA